AUGUCUUCUCUGACUUACAUCAACGAAGAGGGCGCCGGCCAGAAACACAGCGACCUUUGCCAUUAUUCCCAGGCAGUCAUUUUGGGUGACGUUGUCAAAUGUUCUGGACAAGGAGGCUGGGAGCAGACCGGCGCCUUGGAUGCCGAAAAUAUUCCACGCCAGGUGGAUCUAGCUUUCAGGAAUGUAGACAGGGUGCUGCAAGCCUCGGGUCUCCGCGGCUGGGAAGACGUUUAUUCAAUCAGCUAUCAUGUCGAUAUUGGCUCCUCAUAUGAUCUCACCGUCAAGAAGCUCAAGGAGCGCAUUCCGGCUCAUCGACCUAUUUGGACCGCUAUUGCUGUACCCCAGCUUGCAUUCCCAGCGAUGAAAAUUGAAAUUGAAGUGGAAGCGAUCAAACAAGCCUGA